AUGAGCCCAUACAGCUACGAGACCACUGCUGAGGAGGUGGCCAAUGACCUCAAAUCCCAGAUUGCAGGAAAGACCAUUCUUGUGACUGGUGUCAGUCCCAAGGGGCUUGGGGCGGCCUUUGCGGAGAUAAUAGCACAAUAUGGUCCAGAAAGUCUUAUCUUGGCUACACGCGAUCUCUCAAAAGCCGAAGAGACAGCACGGGCUAUCAAGGCGACCAGUCCUUCUGUCAGAACCCAUAGCGUGGAGCUCGACCUUGCUUCUCUAGAUCAAGUUAGAAAGGCCGCAGCGAAGAUUCAGUCUCUCGACGAAAAGAUCGAUGUCAUCGUCAACAACGCAGCUAUUAUGGCCCCCCCCUACUUCAAGACGGUUGAUGGCAUCGAGGGGCAGUUUGCAGUCAACUAUCUUGGCCACUUCUUGCUCACCAAUCUUCUGCUUCCAGACAUGUUGGCUAGAAAUGUUCCCAUUCGGAUUGUGAACGUCUCCAGCAAUGGUUGCCGGUAUGGCCCAGUACGGUUUGGUGACUUGGACUUUAGUGAUGGGAAACAUUACAACCGAUGGCUUUCUUACGGCCAGUCCAAGUCUGCCAACAUGCUCUACACCAAAGCGCUCACGGAAAAGCUCGGUCAUCGACAUGUCCAUGCUUUCAGUCUGCAUCCAGGUGUAAUUAUGACCAACUUGAGCCGAAGCGUGCCCAUGGAGGAGUUUGCAGAGCUAGGCGAGCUUGACAAGAUCCAGGGUCAUGCCCAUUAUUGGAACCAGCAAUUUGGUUUCAAAUCGCCAUCCCAAGGCGUGGCCACGCAUGUUUUUGCGGCAUUUUCUCCCGAGAUUGAAAAAUCUAAUGGUGCUUAUCUAACAAAUUGCAAGGUGAAGGAUAUAAAGCAUGUAUACUGCUGGACUAGGGACUCGGUCGACGCCGAACGUCUGUGGGAACUAAGUGAAAAGCUUGUUGGACAAGAGUUCGCCUUCUAA